GCCAGUUUGGGUGGGGACGCCCAGAAAGCAGGAGCCCCACGGCGCUUGCUCUCUCUUCUGGGUCCCUGGUCCUCGCAGUCCCCUCCCUGGGUUCGCGGGCACCGGGCAUCCCCAGGAACUAUUGGCCCGUGGAGCCGGGCGGCAGCAGCCAUGGGAGCUGUCUGGUCCGCCCUACUGGUCGGGGGAGGUCUGGCCGGGGCGCUCUUCAUUUGGCUGCUGCGGGGGGAUUCUGGGGGCCAGGAUGCGGGCCCCAGGGAGUUGUUGCCUGCAGAAAGAGCUCCAGCAGCCCGGGGAGGGGACGGAGGAGGGAAUAGCGGAGACCCCCUUGACCCCAAGCCCAAGCAAGUGGCCCAACUCCGGGAGCAGAAAGGCGAUUGGAACGUCCAGAAAACAGCCGGAGUGUUCUCAUUUUUUUGUCUCUCAGAGCAUCAUCAGGAAAGUAAUGGAUGUUUGGUGUCUGAGUCCAAGAGUAGCAGCCUUGAGGGUCCAACAUGGAAACCACAGAAUAGUUCUACUCAAAACUUGAACUGUCUGAGACCAGGAGAACAAGUGUAUUCCUCACAGAUGCUGAAGAUGGAAUUUCCUAACUCUAUGAACCAUUCAGAAGUCUUAAAUAGUGAAAGCCUAGAACCUUCUCUACCAACAGCUGUGCAUUCUUCAGGAAAGUUCCCUUCUGACAACUCAUUCAUGGACAAACCUGAAGAACAGGUGAGAGCUCUGCAGGUGGAGAGCUCAGCUCUGGCUGAUCAUGAGCACUGGGAAAUGGUGCCCAGGCAUUCACUAUGGAGAGAUGCUGAUAAGGGCAAAACCUCUGAGCCUUCCCAUUCUGGUGUUUCCAUACUUGAACCCCAGAAACUAGACUAUGGAGGAGACACCCUCAAGGAUGCCAAAGGUCAAGAAGUUCAGUUGAAAACAAAGAGAGUGGCAGCAGUGUCUCAGCAAGUCAAUGUCCAAUUCCAGGUUCAUUAUGUCACCAUGUCUGAUGCCAGCCUGGUCGCAGUAACCGGAGACCAUGAGACCCUUGGUGGCUGGCACAGUUAUAUACCACUUCAAUGUGGCAAGGAUUGGUUCUGGUCUAGAUCAGUCCCCUUACCGAUAGAUACAACAUUGAAGUGGAAAUUUGUGGUCGUGGAGAAUGGGAGUAUUAUCCGUUGGGAAGAAUGCUGUAAUCGAAUCCUAGAGACUGGGCAUGAAGAUAAGAUAGUUUAUAAAUGGUGGGGCUGUCACUAAGUGGUUUCAAGAAGCAUCAGAAUAACUUGUAAGACUAUUGUGCCUUUUCUCAAAUGAUUUUUAUUACUCCAUGAGAACAAAGGAGCUAACUCCUGGAUUAUCCUCAGUAGCUCUUUUAGCCCAUGCAGUUUAUCAAGAGCUAUUAACAGCAUUUAUAUGAAGAAGCUGUAUGUGCCUCCCCUACCCCCAAUCAAACUUUGGGAUGUCCCAUUGAUGUCCCAUUGAUGAACUUGUGCUGGUCUAUUUCUACUUCAUUGCUCGGUUGCCUUGGCACAAGAAGCUGAGCUAAAGGAUUCUCUUGAGUGAUCAUGGUGGGUAGCAGGUCUCAAACCCAUGGAGUGCCAGUAUUUCCUUUCAAAGUCACCUGACUCUUUGUUAGUUUAGUUAAGAAUGAUGGCAUCCUAUGGAUUCUUUGAGUAGAUGAAUAAUAUUGUUGCCUUCCUUUGUAGCCCCAGUGACUGGUACCAGUGCCUAAUGAUUAAUUUAAAUUAAUGCAGUGAAAAGACCUGGCCUUCCAUAUGUUCAUAAGCUUAGGCCAACAUUUUGAGCAUUGCUUUUUGUUUGUUUGUGUGUUUUUGUAGGAAGAAGAAUGUGUAUUUUUUGCUUAGUUUUCUCAAGGGUUGAGUAUGCUCCCUCUGGGGACUGAAUAACGGGAAAAAGAUGGAAAUGCAAGUGGGAGUCACCUCAAUAGCAUUUCCUAAAGUAUCAGGAAAUGCUAUGAUACUACAUGGAUUCAAACAAGGCCUUUAAACCGUGCCGUUCUGGGCACCCCAAUCUAGAAGGGAGACAUUUCCAACCUGGAACAUUCAAUAUUUUUUCUUUCCAUCUUUCCCCACAGGCCCUGCCCAACAUGUUAUGUCAACACAGUUCUGGGUUUUGUAAUCACAGGUUGUAGGUGACCUAGGACAAUACUGCUAUCCCGGAAAUUGUGGAGGAAAUGCACUUAGAGUUAUUGGAACUAAGAAUACAAUAAAGCUGGCUAUUUUCA